AUGGAUGCUCCAAUUUGUGAGGAGACGCGGCCAUGUUGCCAGAAUUGCGCUCAGCGCAAUGACACAUGCGUCUACAUCUCGCCAGGGCCUUUCGUUUUUGCAGACAAACCAGAGAAACCGGGCAGGUCGUCAUCAAAGUCUGCGCGUGGUGGAAAAUCUUCAACCGAGGGUGGCAGCUUCGAAAUGUCAUCACAUGCCGUCAACAACUAUAUUUCCGCCUUGGGUGCGACAACGGUGGCAGCUCCGCUGAAUUUGGAUCACCUGGAACUUGAGCUACAGUGGAUAAUGCAUACUCACAAGCUAUUCGCCAGAAAUGAGGAGACAAGAAAAGUCUGGGAAAUACCAGUGCUUCAAGAAGCACUACAUACUCCGUUCUUAAUGCACGGAAUACUGGCCAUUUCCGCAUUGCACCUUGCUCAUAUUCGCCAAGCUAUGAUGAGUUUUGCCUCAAUUGCAGUGGUAUUCAGCUUUGCGAGCGCACUUAUUUGCUCCAAUUCUGACGAGGGACCCAGUCUAAAUGCCUUGGCAGAUAUUCUGAUUUUGGCUCGCGGAGUCCACACAGUCGUGGGCCAAGCAAUGGAAUUCCUUCGACACAGCAAUUUUGCGCCUUUAUUCGAUGUCACUAAUCCCGAGGUGGCUGUCCCUGACGAUGUCCUUAGGGCGCUCGAUCAUCUUGAACGCCUAAACGCUCAGUAUGGUCAGCAACCAGGCAUUCAUGGUGGAAAAUCCUACGAGCCUGCGAUCCGGAGCAUGAAGGAGUUAGCCCCUUUUACCUAUUCAGGGCCGACAUCAUUGACAUUAGUGGGCGGAUGGGCUAUUCGAUCUUCUCCAGAAUUUUUGGAAGGGCUCAAAAACCGCGAGCCUUUUCCCUUGGUGAUUCUCGCGCACUUUUGCGUGUUCUUGCACAUCACUCGAGAGAAUUGGUGUAUUGGAUCCUGGGGUCGGGUCGUUCUUGGGGAAAUAUUACAAAUUUUGGAUGCAGACUGGCAAUGUCAUAUAAAAUGGGCAGUGGCGCAAGUUUUGAAACAAUAA